GAGUUGAUAAAGUGGAAAUAAAGUAAGAAUGAAUUAGAGUCACACAAAUGUUACCAAAUAUGGUAUGAGACAAUAAUAAAGGGACAUCCAAAAAUGGAAAAAUAGGACAAUUAUAGGGGGAUGGAGGGAGUAAUAACAACUACCAUAAGAAAAAUUAUUAUGUAAAAAUGCAUAGAAAUUCUACAAAUAUCUAGACUAGAGUCUCACUCGCUAUCCAUUACCUUCUAAUUAAAUUUCUCGGUCGAUGUUGGGGCCUCAGGGACUACAAUACCAAUUAAAAGAGUGACGGUCAUGUACAUAUCAUAUAAGGAGUAUAUAUAUAGUUUUGAACUUUUAAUUGAUCCAAAUGUCAUUAUUUUUAUUUGUCAUAUUAUGCGUGGUCAUGUAUUACACAAUAUAUGUUACUCCACCUUAUCCCUUGCCUGCUCUUCUCUUCCAUGAGAAAUCAUCUUCUUCAUUGUUUAUUUCAGUCACCUACGAAGAUGAGAUAACAAGAAGGCAAGUGUUUCAAUCAUCCAUUUUGGAAUGCCAAAUUUUAAAGAUAAGAAAGGGAGAGCAUGUUUCAGUUUGUAAACUCAGAGGUUCUGUUGCUGUGUGGGGGUCAUCUUCUGUAUCAUUUCUUCAAAAUGAGCUCUGUCAAUCUUCACAGCACUGCCCAUUCUCCAUUCAGUAAACGUCAACACCUUCUUCUUCUUGGAGGUCUUCUUAGGAGGAGAUGGGGGCCUACGUAUGCCAGCUUCCCUUUUUCUGAAUAGCAGCUUUAAAAUAAGGUGAUGGGUCAACAGAAGUUGAUGUUCUGGCUGAGGUUCGUGGCUUACUGGGUUGAGAGUCCUCUUCCACCUUUUUGGCAUCAUGAAGGUCUUGGAGGAGCAGUAAAAGAUUUUCAAAUUAUGAGGCGUGGGCCUUUCCAAGAUCUUCAAUAGAGGAGGGUAUAUAGUUGGUGACUUCUGCCAGUGUAUCCAAUAAACUGUGUUGAUGUUCCACAUAAGAGGUUAUGUUUUUGGUGUUUGUCUCUAACAAAAUAAGCUUGUUUACCUCUCUUUGUCAACAGCGUGUAGAGCUUCAGUGCGCAGUUUGGUAUCAUAACACAUGGCUUCGAUUCUAUUCAGUUGUUGAG